GUCAUCGUUAGAACAAAAUUGGUUGGAGUUCAGACGAUGUUCAAUAUAUGUCAAUCUGCUUUGAAAUUCUAAGAAUCGUUCAUGAGGCUUUCAAUUAAUUUCUUUGCAACACAUUUAAAUAAUUUUUACAGCAAAAGUUUAUUUAGCAUACCUAGACACAUAUUUAGAGCAAAAGAUAGCUCCUUUGGUUCAGCCUGUUCAGGUUGUGCUGUAUCAACCAUGAGUGAGCCCUUAAUGGUGGGGGUGUGUCAAAUGACCUCAGGUAGUGAUGUGGAUAAAAAUAUUGAAGUUUGUAAAAGGUUGAUUACUAAAGCCAAGCAGCUUGGAGCUAAGAUGGUGUUUUUACCAGAAGCAUUUGACUUUGUCUCAGAAAACAAGGAAAUGUGCCUUUCUCUUGCACACUCUGUCGAUGGUCCAGUUAUUCAAGACUUGUCUCGGACGGCGAAAGAUGAAGAUGUCUGGUUGUCUUUGGGGGGGUUUCACGAAAAGAGCUCAACAGAGGACUCUCGUGUAUACAACACUCAUCUUAUCCUUGAUAACCAAGGCAACGUUGCUGGCAAAUACAACAAGCUUCACUUGUUUGAUGUCGAUAUUAAAGGUGGCGUGAGAUUGAAGGAAUCGGACAGUUUUAUACCUGGGAAAAAAAUGCCUCCUGUUGUCAAAACCCCGGUUGGAAAUGUUGGUCUUUCAAUUUGCUAUGAUCUGCGCUUUCCAGAACUCUCUUUGACUUUAGCGCAACAAGGUGCAGAUAUUUUGACCUAUCCAUCAGCAUUCACAUUUAUCACGGGAGCAGCCCAUUGGGAGUGUCUAUUGAGAGCAAGAGCAGUUGAAACACAAUGCUAUGUAAUAGCAGCCGCUCAAUGUGGACAACAUAAUGUAAAACGAAGAUCAUAUGGUCAUGCAAUGGUGGUAGAUCCAUGGGGCCAGGUUAUUGCACAAUGUCACGAAGGUGAAGAUGUCAGUGUCACUGAGAUUGACCUCGAAUAUCUCAAUAAAGUGAGAACACAAAUGCCAGUGUGGGAGCAUAGAAGAUAUGAUAUGUAUGACAGAGUUGGACCAAAAUUAUAAAUGAUUGUCGAUUCACAUUGUUAUACGGUUGCUUACAUUGUAAAAACAAUCGUAACGGGCGAUAUUGUGAAUUCAAUUGGUCGCAAAUUAAAGGAUAAUUAUGUAGAAACAGAUUAGAACCAUAGGGAUGUUAAUCUAUGGCAUUACUAUGAUGCUCCAAUAUUUUGUAUACGUAACAUAACAAUGAACUCUGGCUACUGCCAAUCGACCUAUUUG